UCCGUGUCUGUAAACGGAGCCGUUGAAAUGUGCGCUUAGGUGGUUUUGGCGGUUUUGGCGGUUGUGGAUAACGAAUUGGAAUUGGACUUAGAAGAAGAUAUGUGUUAGUUUAGUUACUGGUUGCUUCAGUGAAUAGAUGCAAUUGAAUUUGCUAAUUGCAUGUAAAGGGCAGGAAAGUAAUUUGUAUUUGGAACAUUGGAAUAGUAAGAUGGCAUAAUCUUGGUCAUACUGAACCUACUAAACCAUAGUAAACGAACCUAUGAGUUCAUUACAGUGGAUGUCUUUUAAAACAUCCAGCCAUUCAAGCGGAAAAUGUUCGCAUUCCGAGAAGAAUAAACAUAAUGGAGAAAAAUUAACAAUGUCAUCCCAUCACGAAUCUCAGUUUUCAUCGGCGUACUUACAUGACGAAUAUGACUUCGACGAUGAAAAUAACGAUGAAGAAUUGGACGAAGAUCGAGAAAAUGAUGAACAAGAUGAAAGUGAUGAAGAUACUGAGGAAGCAAGUGAAACAGACAUGGGAAAAUCUGAAGAAUAUAUAGAAAUUAAAGAACAAAUGUACCAGGACAAACUGGCCAGUCUGAAAAAGCAGCUUCAACAGUUGAAAGAUGGCACACAUCCUGAGUACAAUCGAAAACUGAAAAGGCUAGAUGUCAGCUACAAAGAAAGGUUACGUCUUAACAUUAUCCAUAAGGAUUAUUUGAUAGAAUGUGUUGAAAGGGAUUAUGUAAUUGAGAAGAAAGCUGCUGCAAAAGAAUUUGAAGAAAAGAAAAUAGAGCUCCGAGAGACUCUGAUAUCAGAUAUGGAAGAAAAACGUAAACUCAUAGAGUCUGAACGGCAUACGAUGGAAUUGACAGGGGAUUCAAUGGAGGUGAAACCUGUUAUGACACGGAAACUCCGCCGACGUCCAAAUGACCCAGUACCAAUUCCAGAAAAGCGACGCAAACCACCUCCAGCUCAGCUUAAUUAUUUGCUGGAUGAGAAAGAGAUUGAAGGAGAUUUGAAAAUUAUUAGCAGAGGGAAGCCUCUUGGUCCCAUUAGAAAACCAGCACUUCUUCCAUCUUCUGGCAUAUCAUCUUUGGGACCUUCGCUUCCUGAUAAUUCUCUUCCUGACACUAGAAUAGAGGAUGGAAAGUUGCUGUAUGAACGAAGAUGGUAUCAUCGUGGACAACCAGUGUAUGUAGAAGGAAAAGAUCUCCCUCGUUUCCCAGCCGUUAUUUCUGCCAUUGGCACAGAAGCUAUCUGGGUUAAGAAAACAGUGGAUGGUAGCAAAGUACGGAUUUACACAUCACAGUUGAGUCGUGGAAAAGUUUCAAUCAAACGCAGAGCUUCAUAAUAUAGUUACUUCUGUAAAAUAUUUUCUGUUAAUAAAACAGGUCAUUUUUUAUAUUUCAACA